GGGGUCCCGGCACUGCUGGGACCUGAACUCCGAGACUAGACAUGGCCGUCAUCGCUCCUCUCGUGCUGGUGCUGGCGCUGGCAGCCGCAGUGCUCGGCGAGUGCCACAACCCGCCCGCCGUCGACAACCUGGACUCCAGCGAGAUCCUUGGCACGUGGAAAGCCAUCGCCUGGCCCAAGAAGUACAACGGCAAGUACAAGUGCGGCAACCAGACCUUGGAGCGCAGCGGUGACGUCAUCAACUACGUAAUCCACCAGUACAACGUCACCGCCGGCGCCUGGGAGACCAGUCACGGACACAUCAGCGAGACCGGACACUCCGGGCGGUAUCACGGAGAGAGAGUCGGUCUGGACAACAAUGUGAACUGGGACGUGGUCGGCAUCUCCCCGGGCAAGUGGCUGGUCUACCACCAGUGCCGCGUGGACAUCGGCAGCGAGAUCGCCAUCGCGCUGUACAAGGACGGAGUGACCUUGACCCCCGAGGAGAAGGCCGCCGCCAUCGCUGCCCUGCCGGGCCCUGCUGACCUGUACUCCGAGUGCCCGGAGUAGACGCGACGACCACUGCCUCUUUCUUCCUGCACUCGCUCUGUUCGCGUGGAUAAUAAAGUCUGAGUUCACCCA